AUGAACAGAAAGGUAGGGACUGUUACAGUGUUAAAGAAGGAGGAGAUGCACUCAGUGCAACAGGAGAAUAUUAAAGCAUCAAUAUUCCUGUCUAAUUUAAUAAGGAGUUGUAUAGGGCCACGUGCCAUGAUUAAGAUGAUACUCACUCGGAUAGGCACUAUUGAGCUAACCAAUGAUGGAAACAGUAUAUUAAGAGAAAUAGAAAUAUCUCAUCCUGUAAUAAAGUCAUUAAUUGAACUAUCAAGGACUCAGAAUGAGGAGGUUGGUGAUGGGACUACUUCAGUUGUUGUGCUAUCCGCUGAGAUACUUAAGAACAUGGAGGGAUUAUUACGCGAGGAGUACCAUCCAGUAUUUUUAUGCAAUGUUUUAAAGAAAAUAUUAGACAUUCUUCUGGUUAAGCUCAAGAAGUAUUCAAUUGACAUCAGGAACAAGGAGGAGAUGGUUAGGAAGAUUGUUAAUUGUGGGUUAGGCACUAAAAUUGCCAAGUACAUAUCUGACUUAGACUUAGAGUCAAUUGCCAUUCAGAGUGUUAAUAUGAUUAAAGAGAAGAACAAUGAAGUACACACCAAGAACAUAAGGAUUGAGAAAGUCCCAGGUGGUAAAUUAUCUGAGAGUAUGGUAUUCGAUGGGAUAAUUAUUCAGAAGAGUUUAUUAGACUACACCAUGCGCAGUAAAAUUGAGAAUGCCAAGAUUCUUUUAAUUGACUUCCCAUUAGAGUACAGAAAAGGAGAAAAUCAGAUGAGCAUAGAAAUGCACAACAGUGAAGUGUUUGGCCGCGCAUUAGAAGUAGAGGAAGAGCAGAUUGAGCGCAUGGUCAAUCUUCUUGCGAUUUGCAAGCCAGAUGUAGUUGUAUCUGAGAAGGGAAUCUCUGACUAUGCGAUUGCACUGUUUAAGAAGCACGGAAUAUCUGCGAUCAGAAGAAUUAAGAAAUCAGAGAAUCAAAGGAUUUCACUUGCCACGGGUGCUUUAAUUGUAUCUCGUGCAGAAGAUGCAACUCCCCAAGCACUUGGCACUGCCGGUCUAUUUGAAGUUUCCAGGAUCGGUGAUGAGGAGUACUGUAAGUUCAUCAAGUGCAAAUCCCCCAGGGCAUGUUCUGUUCUUCUAAGGGGUCCAUCAAAGGACAUUAUUAAUGAAUUAGAAAGGAACAUGCAGGAUGCACUAGCCAUAGCCAGGAAUGCGUACUGCUCUAAUUCAGCUGUUCUUGGUGCAGGAUCAAUUGAAAUGGCUCUAGCACACGAACUUGAGACUGUACAGGGUCUGUCUGAUAAAGAAAAAAAGGUGUACAUGGCAGUUGCCGAAGCACUUCAUGCAAUCCCUGCCUGUCUCAUUGCAAACAGUGGCAAUACCAAGCCAUUAGUAAAACUACUUGAACUAAAAGCACUGCACAGUAAAAAGAAGCACAUGUACGGUGUAGAUGGUAAUACUGGUGAGAUAGUUCCGACUGAGGUAUACGAGUCGAUCCUGGUUAAGGAGCAAAGUUUAAAGUCGGCAAUUGAAGGUGCCAUUAUUAUCCUACGAGUAGAUGGAAUUGUAAAGCAGGAAUGAUUUUUAUUUCUGUAUUACUAAUA